AAGGUUUUAAAUGAGAAAUGGUUGUUCGCUGCUACUCCUAAUGUGCUUUGUGUGUGUCCAGGAUCGGGACUCUGGUGGGGCCACUCCUCUCCAUCUGGCGGCGCGGUUCGGGAGGGUUGAGGCUGUAAACUGGCUGCUGGUUCAUGGUGCUGAAGCAGAAGUGGAGACAAACUGCGGUGCCCUUCCUGCCCACUACGCCGCAGCAAAGGGUGACCUCACCUGCUUGAAGCUGCUGAUUGGUCGAGCACCAGGGAGUAUUAAUCGACAGACAAAUAUGGGUGCCACACCAUUGUAUCUGGCCUGCCAGGAGGGCCAUCUGCAUGUUGUGGAGUUUUUGGUGAAAGACUGCCAAGCUGACGUGCAUCUGAGAGCCCAAGAUGGCAUGACACCACUGCAUGCUGCAGCUCACAUGGGCCAUCAUUCACUGGUGGUGUGGCUGGUGGGUUAAACAUUCACCCUCUACAUUUCAGCUAUUUUCAUGCACAUUUUAGAAUAUCAAAUAAUAAUCA